GUGGUGGUUAGGGUAGUUUCGUGAGGAGUAUAUAAGCCAAGAGAUCCUCACCGUGUGAAUUAGGGCGUAAAAGAAAAACGAAGCCGUAGAAGAGGGCUCUUUUUUGUGUGGAGCGCUUACUUAUCCUUUUUUGAACCACCACCACCACCACCGGUGGUUAAUUUUGUGUUUUGAAAAAAAAUUAGGGCGGAAGAGAUGGAUCGGUACCAGAGAGUGGAGAAGCCGAGAGUGGAGACGCCAAUCGAUGAGAACGAGAUUAGGAUUACCAGUCAGGGCAGGAUGCGCAACUACAUCACCUACGCCUUGACCCUGCUUCAGGAAAAAGGAUCGGACGAAAUUGUGUUCAAGGCUAUGGGAAGAGCCAUCAACAAGACUGUAACGAUUGUGGAGUUAAUCAAGAGAAGAAUUGUUGGUCUUCACCAGAACACGACAAUUGGAUCUACAGACAUAACUGAUAUCUACGAACCCCUUGAGGAAGGCCUUGAUACUUUGGAGACAACAAGGCAUGUGUCGAUGAUUGUGAUAACACUGUCUAAGAAGGAAAUAAAUCAAUCCUCCAUCGGGUAUCAGCCACCUUUACCUGCUGAGCUUGUGAAGGCAUCAACAGAGAUUGAUUAUGAAGGAGAGGGCACACCAAAUGGUCGUGGCCGUGGCCGUGGACGUGGCAGAGGAAGGGGAAGGUUUAGAGGGAAUGGCUUUGUCUCAACUGAAUAUGACGAUGGAGGCUACGACCGCAGUCAGGGUAACUUUAGGGGUAGGGGCCGUGGGAGAGGACGUGGUGUGCGAGGCCGUGGAAGAGGAGGGUACAAUGGUCCCCAGUUUGAUGCUCAGCAAGAUGGAGGAUACUAUGAAGAAGCACCUGCUCAAGGUGGCCGCGGUCGUGGCCGUGGGAGGGGAGGAUAUCGUGGAAGGGGACGUGGCUAUAGGUCAAAUGGGCCGAUCCAGGCAGCUGCUUGAGGUGCGAUAUGAGCGUCGUUGGAACAUCAUACAAAAAAUGGCCAGUGUCUAAUAAUGGGCGCCUUAUCUUAUCAAAUAUCUAUGUUUACAAGUUUCCGUUUUCCUAUGUCGUUUAUUAUUACCCCUGGUAUGGCAGACUUAUUAUUAACUGUAAGGUAUGAUCCCUGUAGAUUUAGUUUAGAGUUCCAUGAGGGAAUCCCUCUGUUUUGUCGUGUAGAUUAGGUGAGAUGUUUGAACAGUUGUAAUUUUCCAUCUGGAUUGAUAAGCGUAUUCUUUUA